CUGUGCAACUAAGUAUACAGGAAGAAGGUCCUGUCAAUAGUAAUUUCGUGAAAACUAAUUGGAUCCUUUCAAAUAAAUAUUUAAAUUAUGUGUGAGAUAUUUUAGUGUUAUACAUUGAUCCUUGCUUGCUGUUCUCAAUAGAAUCCACUAUGUGGAUGCUUCCAAUUAUAAGAGUGCUCCUGCUUUUCAUGAUAGGAUGCAUUACAUGCAACUCAGAUGUAAUGGAGGCCUCACUUGGACAAUUUCCAGCCAUGGUGGCAGUAUUAUAUGAUGGAGUGCCCAGAAAGUACAUCUGUGCUGCAAGUCUAAUUGCUCCAACAUUUGUGCUCUCGGUAGCAGUUUGUUAUGGGAAAAUUCCACGUGUUACCGAGGUGAAGAUCAUGGGAGGUGAUGUGCAUCUCCAGGAAACGAGUACGGUGAAAGACAGACAAGAAAUUGGAGUUUUGAGAAUUACAAUUCAUCCCAAGUAUGAUGGAGUCAGCUACAACUUCGCUAUCUUGGAGUUGAAGAAGCUAGUUGAGCGGAGUCGCUAUUUUCAUUCAAUUGGCAUCACUAGCAGCAGGCCGAGAGUUCAUACCAAUUGCAAAGUAGCUGGUUGGGAUCUGUUAAAUCGGAAAGCUGCUCCUCUGCUGUUUACAGAAGCUUUGGUUUAUAGUGACGUCGACUGCGCAAGUGUGCCAUUUGAGGUUCACGAGCAAACAAUGUUUUGCGCGGGAAUAAAGGAAGGGGGACUGCAAACAAUUGGCAUUGACCAAGGGGGUCCAAUAAUUUGCAAUGGGAAACUCGCAGGGGUCGCUUCACAACCAUUGAGCGCUAGCAAAGAAAGCGUUUAUGGUGGCUAUUCUGAUGUGUCUGCGGUUUCAGAGUGGAUUCAUUCUAUCCUUAACGAAAAAAUGAAAAGGAUUUGGCUCUCAAGUAAAGCGAAAGGAAGCGCUAGCCCAGCGGGAACCUUAAUAAAUUAUCGAAAAGUGCUUGUAGCUUUUUACGCCACUUUAAAGUCAAAUUUACAAUAGGAAGCAAAUAUAUUUAGUAACCUUA